AUGUUUAGUGUGUCUAUUUUAAAACAAUUUUCUAGAUUAUCUAUAUCAUCAAAAUCUGUCACAGGAGUAAAUAGAAAUAUUUUUACUUCAGCAGUGGCAUUAAAUUUCAAAAUAACAGAUCAAUUAUGUGCGGAGCCUAUGAAGAAAAAGAAAAAAAUGGAUCCAGCAAUCGUCAAAGCUCGAGAAGAAAGAAGACGAAAAAAAUUAGAAAAGCAAAUUAGGAGGCUUCAAAAGAAUGCAAGACAAUUAAAACCUAUUGAUGAAUGUGAGAUACCGUUGCAUCUUUUAGAUCAAAUGGGAAAACGGAAGAGACCACCUGUUCAACUUUCGGCUCAGGAAGUUGAAGCACGUGCCAUAAUGCAAAAGGAGUGGAGCCGCUAUAAACAUUCAGAGUAUAUAGCGAAUAUUGCGCAAAUUGAUCGUAUCAUGGCAGCUCAAAGGCGUGCCCUUGAUAAGUUGUAUGAACAAUCAGAAGAUUUGUAUAAUGAAGCAGUUAUGCCCGAUCUGCAACUGAUUCCUUACUCAAUAAGCGGUCCAGUUGCCACGCCUCCCAUAAAGAAUUACGAUUCACCCGACGGCGAAUACAUAGAUGUCACCAAAAAGUGGGAUAAA